AGACAUUUGGCUCUAGUUCAAGAACGAAGGGGCAGGCAUGAGGCAACAUGGUGCCGCAAUACCGCGGCCUGUGCGAGAAGCACGACCUAGAGGUCUAUCAGGAACAAUGCAAGAGAACGAAAUGCCGCCAUCCAAGAAGGCUGCGGGCGAGGCCAAUCCAGCCCAAAGUCAGCCAAACCCUGCUUUGAAGUGGAGAGACACCAGGCGAGUCGGACUGGGUUUUAGUGAUCCAAGUUCUUCGAGCCUCGGAAGGUCUGGUCGCGCUGGACUAGCUUUGGGCUUUGGAACUCCACCCGGGCGGAAGCGGCCAGCUGAAGCCUGUUUUGUGGAUGAUGAGUUUCGCACACCGGAGCGGGAGCAGACCAGAUCCUCACCUGCGGCUGCCCCAGACGAAAGCAUCACUGUGACACCACCCAGGCGCAGGUACCGAGCAAGAGAGAGUCCUUCCUCCGAUUCUCGAGCAUUGGCUAACAGCGAGGGCCGGCGCCUGGAAAGGAACGAUACGCAGGGCACCAGCGGUACGAGUAUCAGUGGAUCUCCGGACAGCAGCAAAGAGAACAAGCGUCCUGAUGACGAACUAGAGGCAACACCAGAGCCUAUGGCACGAGUGUUGCGUUCCUCCUCCUGGACACCUGGGCGCAGAACCCUUGAGCUUGGAAAUGUCUUGCAGGAGUUGGCCCUCACUGUGCCAGAAGAACUCUUGCACCAGGGACAGACUCCAGAGUCACCACAUUCAGAAGGCUCCCCACAUCAAGAUGUGCAGAGCCAGAAUGUGGCAGAGCUGGAUGAGCAGAUGGCCAGAAAUGAAAGGCACAACUUCGAGAUCUACAUCGAUCCGGAGAACCGAUAGCAAGACAUCCUAAAAUGUUCAGAGCGUGUAUGUCUUCAAACUCCAAAUAUGUUCAGAUCAUUGUCUUGGAGGCUUUGAUGAGCCAAAUUCUGUCUCACCCGUGCAAAGAGAGCAAGAUCUCACGACCACCUUGCAGUGGUGUUUCUCAACACCCUGUAUGGAAUCAUAGGAGAUCUGCAAGGAAGCUG